AUGCGAAGUGGCGUAUCGCUGGGUACAUCGCCAGAGCCCAACAGCCACGAAGUAGAUCCGAUCUUGAAUAGAAGUAAUGGCCAUCGCGAGGAAAGUUGGCAUAACUACGCCAGCCCUUUGCUUAAUACAAACCAGCAACUACCCCCAAUAGCGACCAUACUGUCUGAGACAGCAUCAUGGUCCCCCGCAAACCCAGAACCGUCGACAGAGGUUCUAAGUGACUUCGUAAAUGCAUAUCGUGAAAAGCUGUACUUCCAACCUCUUCCUCUCUUCGACCCUCAACGUCUCCGGACAAAGAUUCACACUCUGCCUCAGUACUUGCGAUGGAGCUUUCUGGCACUUACACUACACUACACAAGCCAUAGCUUCUACUAUGGACUCGAGGCAAAAGCAAUUGAGUAUUAUGCUAAAUCUGCAAGGAGUAUAGUGGUUGAUAUGGCAGCUGAGGGACUUGCCGAGCUUGAAGUCAUGCAAGCUUUGUGUCUUCUGGCGUUGUGUGAUCACAUUACGGGGAAGCCAUCGCGUGCCUGGAUGAUGAUUGGAAUGGCAGCGAAACUCGAAGCCCUUCGCCUCUCAGAGUCAAAAGACAAUAAAGGCUCACGUCAGUCUGACGAUGCAAUCUCAAGAUGUCACUGGAGUAUUUCCAUCCUGGAGAGUACCUUUUCUCCUCACUGCAGCACUCUAUCAGAAGUAUCUCACGCCCCGAAUUACCCGAGAAGUGUAUCUAGACCUACUCCUUUACACUCAUCGCAUGGGAUGAAGAGCUACUGCGCUGAUCUAACCGAUGCGUACGAGGGAAAUGUCCAAGACGUCGGCAUUGUCGCGACUUGUCUGGGGUAUAUCUCGAUCUGGGGCAGUAUCAUCUCCUAUCUGCGAGACAUCCGUAACGGAGCGAAUGAGUAUCCAUGGCUAGCCAACUCACGACACAGCCAGCUCACUGUAAAGUUGUACGAACUUGAGAAUGUCACUUCCCAUAGACACCUCAUUCGCAAUGCGCCUUUUCCAGAUCAGCCACCCGAAGAUCUUAGGCAGAACCGCGAAUACUGGGCCCCAUGGGUGUUAUUCCAGAUCAUGAUGCACGCCACACAGGCUAUCCUGAACAACCCCUUCGUCCAACUCGUCGCGCUUCGAAGAGCAGGUCGCAAAUUCCAGCCGCGUUCCUUCUUGCAGAACACAGUUGACCAAGCCUUGUUCCACGCAGAGUGGGUUUCUCGUUUGGUGCAAAUGUGCGUAGAUCGGCAGUUUGAAGUGAACGAUCCUUUGAUUGGACAAGCUGUUGCUGGAUGUGUCUCGAUACUGUGGAUAUUCCAAUUCGCGCGAGAUCGGAAGGUGUCAGAGAAGGCCAAGGAGAAUCUAGCCAUCUGUGAGACGUUCUUGGGACAUUUAUCUCGAAAAUGGCCUCAUAUUGCAGAAAAGGUCGAGAUACUCCGAACUCUCAAUAUCAAAGUCACCAAGAAGCAGCAAACCCCGCAAGACGACGACUCUGCCGGCGCAACUAUACAGUUUGAGCCGGAUAUGAUGUGGGAAUUGCUUGAUCCUGCCAUGUCGGGCGUGGACUGGGCUGGUUUGUGCAGUUCUGCAAAGAAAGGGGAAUCCCAAGUGGGCACGAGUGCUACUAUACGCGUCGCGACAAAGUUUGUGCAUCCUAUUUAUAACGAUGAGGAUGAUGCGCAGGCGCCGACUUUGCAUAAUCUUUUUGACUUGGAGGAUGUCUAUGGGGAGCCGUUCCUGGAUCAGUUCUUUUCUGAUUCUUUGCUUGUUAAUAUAUCGUAG